CUGUGUCCCAUCACUGUCCCAUCCAUGAACACAGAUCACAUGUUCCCCCCACCUGAAAUUUCCUUGAGCCCUGGGCGACAAGUGCGGACAGGGACCAACAUCACCAUCCGCUGCUGGAACAAGGAUUUUGGGGCCACUUUCCUCCUGCACAAGGAUGGCUGCUCAGCCCCUAUCCAGGGCCAGAACCCUGAUGGUGGGGGCACGGCCACUUUCACCCUCUUUCAAGUGACUCCAUCAGACGCCGGCACCUAUAGGUGCUCCUACCACAUCAAGGGCUACUUUCCCUUAAUGUCCUCUCUCCUUGGGAACAGUGUGAGUCUUGAGGUGACAUCCACACCGGCACACCCAGGUGCUGAGGUGGAGUCCCAUGGGAACCUGGUGGUGGCAGUGGUAGGGGGUUGUGCUGUCGCCCUCAUGUUCAUCCUCGUCCUCAUCAUCUUCGUCCUCCUCGCUGCCCGCAGACGCCGGAUAAGGAGAGGUGCACCUCCCAGAAGGCCCGAGGCCGUGCAGCUCCAGGUGCCGUGCAGUGACAGUGAGAGUCUGACCUAUGUCGAGCUGCAAACUGAGCCCCCCAGCACUCGGCCCCCUGCUCCCCCUGCUUCCUCUCAGCCCCAUGUUAUCUACGCUGAUGUGCGCACUGGGAGACCCCGCUGAUGUCCCCCAUAUUUGCAGACAAACACAAGGAUGCUGUGUGCCAUGUGCACUUCAUCUGCACAGAAUGCUGGUGUCUUGGGUGUGCUCACAAUCGUGUGUACACUGCAUGCAUGUGCCAGUGCAUGUGUUCAUGUGUAUUACAUGUGUGUACACCAUCACGUGUCCUCAAUUCAUUUACAAACGUGUGCUUCGUGCUCCAUGCCUCCAUGUGUGUAUGUGUGACAUCAUACAUGUACACUGAUCCAUGUACACAACAAUGCACAUGUGUGUCCUUAUUGUGUGCCCUGUGUCUGCCCCACAUCUGCCCCCAUAGCAAACACCAAGGACACACGUGUGCUCCCCAUGGCACAUCUGCAUCGCUCCAACCCAAACCAGCACCCAUCCCACAAUGCUUUUGGGACAGGAUUCCCAUUUCUGGAGAGUUUUCCUCCCACACGUCUGGAAUAGAAUUCCCUUUCUGAAGGGUUUGCCCUUCAGAAGGCUUUGCCCUUCCUGUACUCCUGGAGAGUUUUAGUCCAUCUUCUGGGGACAAUUCCCAAUUCUGG